AUGUUUCCCUCAAACUCAAACAAUAAUCUCAACAAUACUGGCAACGAAUUACCCGUGUCUUAUCCUCAUCUCGACCAAUCCUUUUUCCACAGCCGGCCUUUUCUCCAUGAAAUCACUACAUUAAACCCCAAUUCCCUUCAUCCCAAUCUCAAUUCCAAACAAGAAGAAGAAGAACAACGACAACAAGAAGGCCCUCAUCACCAUCCUUUGUCUUUCUUCUACUUCCCCUCUCCUUUAGAAGACGACGACGUUUUACUCUUCCAACAACACCAUCAAUAUGACCAUCACCAUGACCAUGUCCAUGACAUGCCGCUCCAUGACUUACAACAAGCACCACCCCUUACUACUAUGAGGGAAGCUGUUGCUGCUAACAACACCUUAGCCGAUGAUCAUCGUCAGACCACCACCACUUCCACUACUCUCAAUAUUAAAAUGGUGGAUUGGGAUUCCAACAAAAAUCAUGGCGAGAUGAUGAAUAUGGAUCAGCCACAGAUCCCGAGAAGAAGGUCUUGCAAGAGAGACCGCCACAGCAAGAUUAAUACUGCCCGAGGCCUCAGGGACCGCAGAAUGAGAUUGUCACUUGAAGUUGCCCGCAAGUUCUUCUGGUUGCAAGACGCACUGCACUUUGACAAGGCCAGCAAAACCGUUGAGUGGUUGCUCAUUCAGGCCACACCUGAAAUCAAGAAACUAGUAGGAGACUGCAAACACAUGAUGAGCUCUACCAAAAGCACAUCUCCUGCCACUUCUGAGUCAUGCGAAGUGAUAUCUGGCAUAGACGAGGCUGCAACAAACACCAACAUUCACAUUAAUAUUGAUGGGGGAAAUGAUGGUGAUGAUAAACUAAUACAAAGCUGCGAGAUCCAGCCUUCAGCCAAAGAGAGAAAGGUUGCCCGCCGGCAAUUGUCAAGGAAGACCGCAUUUCACCCUCUUUCAAAAGCUUCGAGGGAAAAGGCAAGGGCAAGGGCAAGGGAAAAAGCAAGAGAAAAGCAGCGGACGCAUCAAAGAGUAGUUGAUGUUGAUGAUCAAUCUAAGAAGCAAAGAGGUGAUCAGGAAAACCUGAGCCGAUUGGGUUCUUGGAGCCCCUUUGAAACUGGGGAAGAAUCAGCUGGGACUCAAAGCCACAACAACAACAACAUAAGCAUCAAUUCAUUGGAGGGGCUGGUUCAUCACGAGAUUGAAGAACCAAUGAGCAGCUGCCAAGUAGGAGAUCAUCCAGACUUGGUUGUUGAUCAUGGAACUACACAUGAUCCUUUGGUGAUUAUGGGAAAGUGGAGCCCCCCUUCAAUAUUCAGUUCUCUGCAGCAAAACAUUGGAAUUUCCCAAGAGGUAACUUCCAACAAGAAGUUUUGA